ACCAUGGAUAUGAACACGGUUGACAUAGAUGAAAACUGUGGUUACAAAGAUCUUUAUUACCAUACGUUAAAAAUUAUCUUUUUUUUCUUAUCUUUUUCUAAUAAAUAAUUAUCAAUUUCAUUAUUUAUCAUUGACAGUUUGGUAAGCAACUGUUUGACUGAUUUCAAAAACUUAGCGAAGUUUGAAAAUUGUAAUUAUUAAAUUUUGGUCCUAUCUGUUGAGAUUAAUUUUUUUAAUGCAUUUUAUUUUUAUUUCAUUGGUUUAUUGAGUUGCCAGUGAAAAAUGAAAAGGGAAUGCAUUUUUAAAAAUUUAAUAUUGUGGAUAAAUUAUUUUAUUUGUUAAACAUUAUACUCUACACAGUUAUUGAAUUAUUUCUUAAGUGUUGUAAGUCAUAAAAUUAACUUACCGAAAUGGGUUUAUUGACUGAUCCAUCAGUUGGUCAUGGUGCUUUAACUAGCAUAUUUGUUCGACAUCAUAAUCGUUUUUGUAUACUAAUGUAUAUUGCAUCUGUUGUGUUAUUCUGUAUGUUGGCACAUGACAGUUUUAGCUCUCAAACAUAUUUUUCUGAAAAUGCUCUUCUUCCUGGAUUGGUCAAAGGCCAAUUGAAUGAUAACACUGGAUCAUCUUUUAAAGACCAUUAUAGAGAACUUAAAGCAGAAGCACAAUAUUUUGAAACUGAAACACCACAUUCAUACCUGAUCUCAAAAUUCAAAAACCUAAGAUUGGAAACAUAUUCCCAUAAUUUUACUUUGAAUUAUCCUUUGAAAAAAAAUACAAAAUACACUGGGCGUAAUGUUUAUGGCAUUCUUCGAGCACCAAGAAGUGCAAGCAUAGAAUCAAUAGUUUUAAGUAUACCAUAUAGAGCGCCAUCAAGUGUUUUUCCUAAUACUUUACCUGGGCUUGCUGUAAUGUUUCAGAUCGCUCAAUUCUUUCGUCAACAAAUGUACUGGGCAAAAGAUAUCAUAUUUCUGGUAACUGAACAUGAACAACUUGGAAUGCAAGCUUGGUUAGAGGCAUACCAUGGAACUUGCUGUGGUUCACCUGGUGUGUUAGAUUCUGGAAAAUUAAGUGGCCGUGCAGGUGCUAUUCAAGCUGCCAUCAACUUAGAAAUUCAUUCUGAAAAAAUUGAUCAUAUUGAUAUAAAAUUGUCUGGUUUAAAUGGACAACUGCCUAAUUUAGAUUUGGUGAAUUUGGCUCAUCGAUUAUGCAACAAAGAAUCUGUUAGACACACAUUUAACAAUGUUGAUGGAGGAGCUAUUGGUCGAAAUAAAGUUAACACUUACUAUACAAAUUUGAGUACGAUGUUGUCGAUGGUAAUGACACAAGCUACUGGAGUACCUGAUGGUAAUCAUGGUCUUUUUCAUAGAUUUGGUAUUGAAGCAAUAACUUUAGAAGGGUAUGAAAAAAAAGGCCGUGGCAUUUAUGUUAGCGUACUUCAAGUAGGAAGAGUUAUUGAAGGAAUGUUUCGUAGUUUGAACAAUCUAUUAGAACGAUUUCAUCAGUCAUUUUUCUUUUAUCUUUUACCUUCAACGGAUAGAUAUGUUUCUAUUGGUCUAUACAUGCCUUGUUUGGUAUUGCUUGUUGGUGCUCUGUUUUUGAAAGCUUUUUCAACAUGGAUUCAACAUUCUUCUGAACAUAAAUUGGGUGAUUCACUAUCAAAACAAGCUACUAUUUCUGAGCAUUUAAAUGUUGGAGUUGUCAGUUUAAUAACUUUGGGCACUCACGUUUUAGGAUUGAUUUUGUUGCCUAAUUUUGCACCAGCAUAUUUUACAUACUUUUGGGAUCAUAUAUCAACACACCGUGCAUUAUUAAUGGGUUAUGGUUUAUUAUCUUUCAUCAUUGUUUGUAUAAUGCCAAUAUUAAUGAAAAAAUGUCUAAAUUCUUUCAAAGUGUCAAAUUGGGUAUUGUUACAUGUGAUUUGUUUACUAGAAUUAGGAAUUGGAUUAUUAUGUGUCUCAAUGCAUAAUUUUUCUCUUGGAUAUUUAACAGCUCUAGUGUACGUUUUACCAGCAAUUUUUACUAGUUCUAGUCAAAACAAAAUUGGAGUAAAAUUUCUUUGGUUACUUGUGCAUCCAAUGUGCUCACUUAUAUGGAUAACUGCAAUUAUCACUUAUAUGGCCUACCCUGAAUUACAAAUCGUUGAUUACUUGACAAAAGUGAUUGAGGCAUCUGGUCAAUGGAUGGCAUUGUCAACUGUUGAUAACUUGGUUUAUGGCAAUUGGGCAUUCUCAAUUAGUGUAUUGCUGUUAUUGCCUGUCUGGACAUCAUUUUGGUGUCUCAUGUUUCUGCCUACAAAUUUACCACAAAAAUACAAAACUGAAUAAAUAUAACACUAUUAUUUCAUUAUCA